AUGGAUCUCGUGCUCAAAAUUGCUGACGAUUUUGUCUUUGACAGGGUCUACGCCGCCCUCAUCCCCCUCGACGCCUUCACCCGCUUGCACGGCGCGUCUUAUGCCGCAAACGCAACCUCAAAAUUCGGCACGGUCUCAUUGCCGGCCUCAUGGACACAACUCAUAUCUUACCUUCCACAUCCACCGGUUUCUGCGGCUAAUAUCACGCCGCCGUACACCUUGCCGCAAAUAUCUGCCUGGCCUCGAGAGUACAUCCCAAGACAACUUGCCACCCUCAUUGUUAUCACUCUCAUCGGCAUCCACAUUCUCUACUUCCUCUUCGCAUGGGUGUCCUAUCAGUUCAUAUUUAACCAUGAUAUGAUGCGACACCCACGGUUCCUUAAGAAUCAGGUCAAGCUGGAGAUACAGACGAGCCUGCGCGCCUUUCCAAUGAUGACCCUCUUGACAUUGCCUUGGUUCCAGGCGGAGGUGAUGGGAUAUUCGAAGCUGUAUGAUGGCAUCGACACAUACGGCUACUUUUAUCUCUUUGCUUCUGUACCAUUCUUCCUUUUGUUCACGGAUUAUGGAAUUUAUUGGGUGCAUAGGGGAUUGCAUCAUCCCGUGAUUUAUCGCAUGAUUCACAAACCACACCAUAAAUGGCUCAUUCCAACACCUUUUGCAUCGCAUGCUUUCCAUCCUGUGGAUGGAUACUUACAAUCUGUCCCAUACCAUCUAUUUAUUUUCCUGUUCCCUCUGCAUCGCCUCUUAUACCUUGGCCUGUUUGUUGCAGUCAACUUCUGGAGUAUUUUUAUCCAUGACUCGGACAUGAUCACAGGACACGCUUUUGAAAAAGUUAUUAACGGACCCGCACAUCAUACCUUGCACCAUCUGUAUUUUACGGUGAACUACGGCCAGUACUUCACCUGGGCAGAUCGUGUUGGAGGUUCAUACCGACAACCAGAGUCGAGUCUGGAUCCUCUGCUUGACAUCCCAGAUUUAAAGAAGGAGUAAAUCAGCCAUAAUCGGUCGCUCUGUAUUUAAACCUAUAUAAUAUCACCGCCUACCACCGCUUUGGAACAUC